GGAUAAAGUUGUCUUGAACGGGCAAUAUCCGAUAGUGAAUAUGGGGUAUUCCUGGAUCUGGUGCGUGUUGCCACGUUUACGAUGCUUGGUAUGAGGCAUACAUGUUGUAGUUAUCCUUGGGUUCGGAAUCUUGACGAUGCCCUUAAAGGAGGAGUACUCCGUCUCAUGGAUCCCACAGAAGUCGAGGAAAUACAAGAGGAAGAGCGAUAUCUUGCUCGACGGCUAGAAACUUUGAUGGAGGAUUUCACAAAAAAGCUUCAAGAAAUGAAAAUGCCUUUUAGCAAAUUCAUGGAAGAAUAUUGGUGGCCUAGGAUGCAAGAGGUCAAGAAGGAGCGAGAUGACAUGUCGGUCGAUGACUUACAAGCUAUGAGGGAAUCGGCGUUAUCUUAG